AUCACCGUUAAGCCGCCUUCUGGACGCCUCAAGAAGGGACUGUACGACAUCCGGCCAGACGUCCUGAAUUUUCUACGCAAUGCUCUGGAUGCUCUGCAAGAACUUUUGCUCGGCCCUGGAAAGCCUGUUCUCACUGCGCCCAUCCAAAGCGCCUUUGAAGCGCUAAUCCUCUCCGCAGCACGCGAGCUGGAGAAACUCUACCCACCGCUGCUGUCAGCCGCAGACGAGCCGAACAGCAGCCCAACUAUCCCGAGUGAUGUCGGAGAAACAUCCAGGGCGAACACUCCCCUCCCACAGGCUCGACUGUCGCCGCAACUCUCGCGUCACUCGCAAGUGCCGACGCCGGGCGAGAAGCCAACGUCCGCGGCGAAGCCCCAACGCGCGCACGGCGAUGCCCGCACGCAGGCGCCGCGGCCGCCCGCCGCAGCGGACCGCAUUGCGGGCCUGGCGCGCAAGGACGCACUGUGGUAUCUCUGCAGCGUGCUGCACAUCACGAUCCCGCCUGCCGCCCUGGGAUCAUCGCCGCCACCGGGAAGUCCCAACACAGGCCUCCCCCCGCCGGAUGCCAGCACGCUGCUGCGCGAGGGUGUUUGCACGGUACUCGCGGGCCUGCUUCGGAGGACAGUAUCUUCACCUAGGAUCCACGUGUCUCGAACUGCCCCAGCUAGGGAAGGCGACGAUCCUAGUAGCGAAGUCUUGACAGAGGGCGGAGAAGGCUGUAGUGAUCGAGGGUUGCGAGAGUCACGCUUUAGGGGCAGAUUACCGCGGGGUCUGUUGGGAGCCGUCGAGCGGGAGAUGCUGCUGGCGGUAGCAGAGAGAUUAUGGCUGUCACAAGGCUGA